AUCAGUCAAAUUUUGUUUACGUAUCUUCGCAGCAUAAAAUUUCUAGCUCAUCAACCAAUCAAAAGGGGAGCAACCGAGAAGCAUUUGAUGUGCGUUGUAUUUUUAGCAAAUGUUUUCAAAUAAAAACCUUCAGAAUUGUAACGUCAAGCACCAGCUGAUUCGUGUAACAACAUAGAAAAAGGAAACAAAAGCUGCCUCUUGAAUGAGCUUGCGCUUGGAUGGGGGCAAGAAUCUGGUGCUGUUUAUUGACGACAUCCUUAAUUGCGUCUGUUGAUUGUUGACGCUUGUCGCAGUACAGUUACAAUGGACGUUGUAGCGGAACCAGCUGAUCAGAAUACCUCUGGAGGGUCAUCUAACAUGUUUGAUGAAGAUCCCGUAAGGAUGGAAGCUGCGAUCACUGUUGGCGACUCGGACAAUGCUGAACAAGUGGAUGGCCGAAAUGAUGACGCAUCAGAAAGUGGUGAGAAUUUCUAUGAACCAGCCAAUAUAUUACCCGUUGGUUCGGAACCACCUGAGGAUCUGCGCCAAGAUCAUGCUGCGUUGGUGUUUGAGCAACCGACGAUCAACAUGGAAAUCGAUCUGGCACGCAUUCAGCAGCCUGGCUUUCUGUCGCCAGUCAUCAUUUUGAACAAUAAUCUGAUGGUCGAUGGUCCGGUACCGGAAGCGCAGGCAACGAUUGAAAUAGUAAAUGAUGACCGUGGCGUGACAAGCGACGAAGGUGGAGAAGAUCGAGUAGCCACACCGACGGCGAUGAUGGCGGCCACAAUGGAAGGUCCGAUUGUGUUAAUCGAAGACACGUUGCGUUUGGAACGGAGAACGGAUGGUCAAGCGGGACCGUCCAUCGUACGGACUAUCGGGGACUCACCACGGAAUCGAAAACGUCGACGCACCUUAACCCCGAUAAAAGCAACACCAGCUCCUUCCAGUACCAACACUCCUCAGUACGACGAUGACGACGAUGGAACCAUCUGCUCUAUCUGUCUGGACAGCUGGACGCUAACCGGUGAACAUCGGCUGGUGUCUCUGAAGUGUGGUCAUUUGUUCGGUUACAUGUGCAUCAAGCGCUGGUUGCAGGACAAUCCGAUGCAGAGUCGUUGCUGUGCUACUUGCAAAACGAAAGCCCAUCUUCGUGACAUCCGGCAUCUGUACGCCAAGGCAGUGAAGGCCGUCGAUAAUUCCGAAGAGUUACGACUGAAACAACAGGUCGACGAGGAGAAGCUGAAAGUCAGUAAACUGGCCGGGGAACUGCAGGUCGCUCGGAUGGAACUGGAAGUUCAGCGCACAGUGGCCAGCGAGUUGAGAGCGAGACUGAAGGAUUACGAACAGCGCGGUGUCGAUGAGCUGAGAUCCAAUGCAUCACUGAUGGGGGAACUGUCGAGCGUUACGAAAUCGAUGCGGAACUAUAAGAUCGCAUUGGAUAAAACGAUCGAUUUGUGUCGGGAUCCUGGUUGCCGGGUAAUGGCGUAUGGAAGCAAACGGCAACACCUACUGGUAUCUCAAAAAUCUACUCAGAAUUUGUUUCCAGGAUAUUCGAUAAAAUUCAUCGACAUACCAGCAUUCCAAAACUCUUCGGUUCUCCACAUUUCGAGUAAAAUGAUUCGCGAUAUCAGUAUCGACGUGGAGGAUGAGCUGUUUACUGCAGCGACCAGCGAACGGUGGGUGAAAUUAUUCACAUUCAAUAACCGAUCCGUCAUUACAUUCACACCGUCCGACGCGAACGUGUGGUCUUGUGCCUUUGACCGGGAGCGGAGUAAAUUCCUGUAUUUGGGAACUCAGUCGGGAAUGGUGUAUGUGUACGAUAUUCGUAACAAUAAUCAGUAUGUAGAGGAAUUUCGAACGGAAGGUGACUGUUCACCGAUCAUCAACAUUUGCCCAGUGUCGCCGACUAGUUCGAUUCCGUUCGGGGGGUUCCUGGUGUGCAAACUCACUUCUUGCUGGUUUUUUGAAUACACCGCUGCUCAACGGGUCGAGUCCAUGAGAUUGAACGUGGACGGGCCCUUUACCGCCAUGAACUAUUGCGAAAAGACUGGUUACAUCAUGAUAACGACUAGGCCCAGUAGUCGUCAUCCAAGAGCGCGUUAUAUCAUUGCCAGCCUCGUCAAACUAGAGUCCGUAUGUGCUCUGCAUAUUGUUCAUACUAUAUCCGGAUCGGCUGUGGAACCGAACAUGAUCCGCAGUGCCCAGGUCAGCUUCGAUGAAAACAACACUCUUGUCGCUGCAUAUUUGCAAGAUGAUCGUCAGCUGGCUACUUGGAGUGCCGGCAAGGGCAAUCAACGCCUUCAGAGUCUACCGGUAUCCGAUGUACUUUGGGACCUGUGUCCAAUAUAUGCAUGCAACCAGACCUUCCUGGCUGCACUGAGCGAUAGCAAAUGCCGCGUUUACCGGGCCUAUUCCGAGUAGUGUAAGACAAUACGAGCAAAAGUACAAGUGCGAUUGUGUUGUUGAGUUUUACGCAAUUAAAUAUUCAUAAGAUUAAAUUAGGUUGGCGUUGCGUUUGUCCAAAUAAAUAGUUUCCAAAGGUAUCGUAAUGAGAAGACCAUGUUGUUAGGUUAGUUGAGUGAGUAUGUUAUUUUUUACUACAGCAUUCGUACAAAUAAAGCCAUACAAA